AUGGAACACUACGCCCUGGUGGUUAGAAUCAAUCCCUUCAUUGCCUUGAUGAUUCAGCCCAUCAUGAUGACUGUGGUUGACAACCAAGUUCUGGUGCUUCCUGUUGACAUUCAGCAUAAAGUGAAGCCCUUGCCAAAAGUCAGCCAGGUGCUGUCACCUGAUCUUGGACCUCCCAGCCUCCAGAACUGCUUCACCUGUAGAACUGCCCCCUCCCUUAUGAUUGUUCGCAGCUGGAAGAGUAGGCUCAGGGGAGAAGCACCAGUUCAUCUGGCUUAGGUAGGACUUACAGGGAUUUGCAAACCAAGUGAGGAUACUAGCAGGGAGAAAGUAGGGCCUCGGGACCCAGGGAUGAGGAAACUUUCUGUACUGACAUGGGAGCUGACCUUCGCCCUGUGGGCUGGGGCCUCCGCCACACAGCUGCACAAGCUUCAGCCUGAAACUCUCCCCGACACUGCCCUAAGCAGACCACUUGUGAGGGAGGGAGCAUGGAAUGAAAAGCCCACAGGGAACAAGAAGCCACAAGAUCCAGUGCUCUGA